AUAGGCCGUUGCGGUGUUGACGUCGGUGUUGUUGUUGUUGCUGCCAACGUUUCUGCUGCCACCGUGUACCGAGCUGACACCAGCCUUUGUGACAGCAUGGAUAACACACACUCGGACCGUCUGUCUAUAAAAACACACACCGACACACACACCGACAGAAAGAGCGCGAGCCGUUUACCGAGAGGACAGAACUUUCUUCAACAACCGCCAUGGGAGUCGUCAUCUCCUCCAUCUUCUCCAGGUUCAUGAGCAAAACACCUGUACGGAUUUUAAUGGUGGGUCUGGAUGCGGCCGGUAAAACUACACUACUGUACAAACUGAAGCUGGCUGAAGUUGUCACCACCAUCCCGACUAUCGGUUUUAAUGUGGAGACGGUGGAAUAUAAGAACAUCAGUUUCACUGUUUGGGACGUUGGUGGUCAGACCAUCAUCAGACCUCUGUGGAGACAUUACUUUGUAAACACACAGGGUCUGAUAUUUGUUGUUGACAGCAACGACCCCGAGAGGAUGAAAGAAGCCGCAGACGAGCUGCACAAGAUGCUGGAUGAAGACGAGCUGAGAGGCGUGGCCGUGCUGGUGCUCGCUAACAAACAGGAUUUGCCGAGAGCCAUGUCUGUCAGUGACAUCACGGAGGCUCUCAGCCUAUCAGGAGUCUCCCAGCCGUGGUUCGUCCAGGCGUCCUGUGCCGUCAGUGGUUCAGGUCUGGCCGAAGGUCUCGACUGGCUCUCACACCAGAUCCAACAACAGUGACGUGGAUUUAUUCUGUUUGAUGCUGGAUCUUUAUACUCAUGGAGCUUUCUGCUGUGAGCUGAGCCGAGGUGAGCAACCCAGGAGACACAGAACAUCUGAGGAACAUCUCAUAACGCUGACCUCGUCUAAAUGAACAGAAACAGAAAGAUUCUUUUAUUUUAUUGUUUUGUCUUCUCUGUACCCUUUUUCCCUUUUUUCCCUGAGAUUUCUGUCCUGAAGUUGGCUUUUUUUAGUGACACUAUAACCAGGGUUUGUUCAGAUUUAAGCCUUCAAAUAAAGUUGUUUUCAAUAACUAUUUAUUGGGAAUAUUCUCCAAGGGCAUUAAUACAGGUCUUCAGUUUAAGGAAUAUUUUUAUAGAAACUUCUGGAAUGUUACAUUUAGAGCCACAGAAUGAAUCUGUGGAGUUACAAUAAAAGACAGGCUGGGGUAUGCAUCAGAGGAUUCACACGGCUGAUUUGAGCAGAUAAUCCUCCCUGUAGAGCGGUGUGCAUUUUUAUAGCAAUUUUUAAUUUUAGUCUAGUUUUAGUGAUUAAAUGCCUUUUAGUUUUAGUCACAUUUGAGUCAUUUCUACCCUUUAGUCUAGUUUUAGUCCGUGAAAAGUCCUCACAUUUUAGUCUUUACUUUUAGUCCAAGCAUUUAUUCUCUUACCUGAAUCUGGAACCAGACCAUGAUAGUGUGUUCUCCUGGGGUCCCUGCUUUCUACAGCUGAGAGGCAGAAGAGAUACAGAUGCAUUGUUUUUUGACAGAUUUACUCAGAGUGGAGAAAUAUCAUGGAUUUUGAAUGUCUGAUGAAAACUAAACUUACUUUAGUCAGUUUUAGUCAUCACAGACCUACCUUUGGCUAGUCUUGGUUUAGUCUUUCAGCUGUUGAUGAACAUUUUUAGUCAGAGUUUUAGUCAGGAACAUUAACACUGCUGUAAUGAAGGAGGAGGACACUGCACCUCAGGAAACAAUCAUUUUAAUGUCUGAUCAACAUGACAGGAUAAGUCCAUGUUACAGGGCUGCUUUUACAGUGGCACAAAGGAAAUAGAAUCAGUUCUUUAGGUAUUAUCUAUAGCAGUGUUACUCAACCCUGCUCAGCCAAAGAGACACAUUUUUGAAAAAUACAUUUGCAAGGGCCACAAUCUAAGUGGCAAAAAGUGGCAAACAUGGGUUAAAGUGGCAAUAAAAAUAAUUUAUAGGUAGCGAAAAUUGUCAAAAAAGUGGCAAAAAUGGGUGAAAAGGAUCAAAAUAUGCAUCAAAUGGCAGACACUGGGCAAAAAAUGGCAGAAAAGGGUUAAAAGUGGAAAAUAUGGGUGAGAAGUGGCAACAAAAGAGGAUCACAGUUGCAAAAAUGGUCAAAAAGCUGCAAAAACAUGGCAAAAAAAGAGUGAAAAAUGAGUAUAAUGGGCAAAGAACAGCAGAAAGGGGGGAAUGGCAAAAAAUCAGCAAAGAGGGGCUAAAUAAAAAAAAAAUUGUUAAUUAAUUGCAAAAGGCAGCUUAAAUGGGCAAAAAGGGGCAAAAAAGGGGCAAAAAUUGC